AAGUCGUUGUCAGUGUGAAGUUGUCACUGAUGUCAGUUGUCUAUGAUCAAAAUGGACGAAAUUGCUUGAGGUUUUGUUGUUACCAGCAAAAGAUCGCAAUAAAUAGCAGAAACUUUAAUUAAAUCGGAUUAAAAAAUAAUACUGACAAGAUGGGUGACAAGAAGUAUAAACAAAGCAAAGCAGAAAUAGCGAAGCAAUUUAACCUACCGGAGCGGCAAUCUAAGAUUACGACGUUGUUAAACCAAGCCGGACAACAGUAUUGCAUAUGUCGAUCAUCAGAUAGUUCCAGAUUUAUGAUAGCUUGUGAUGCAUGUGAAGAGUGGUACCAUGGAGAUUGUAUCAAUAUAUCAGAGAGAGAAGCUAAGUACAUCAAGAAUUAUUUCUGUGAUCGCUGUAGAGAAGAAGAUCCAACACUCAAGACUAGAUUUAGACCACAGAAGAGGGAGAAUGAUGGAGAAGUUGCGCCUCGAGAAGAUAGAAAGAAGAAGAGAAAAGAGAAAGACCAUUCAGAGAACAAGUCCUCAAAGAGACAGAGCAAUAAGGAUGGUUGUGGAGACUGCCCAGGAUGUCUGCAGAUUAACGAUUGUGGACAUUGCGAAGUCUGUGAGGAUAUGUACAAGUAUGGAAGCAGUAAUAAAGUGAAGUUGAAGUGCAAAAUGCGUAUGUGUAUCAAGAGUAAAAAGGCUUCGAGGCAAUCCAGCAGUAGCAACAGAAUAAAGAAGAAACACCACGAAAGAGAGCAACAUGAGCCAGAGGAGUCGCUCGCUCACUUGCAAACGGCGGAGGCCCGGCAGUGCUACGGGCCGCAGUGCACGCGGCCUGCGCAGUUUGGUUCCAAGUACUGUUCCGGCCAGUGCGGUAUGAGGCUCGCCACUGCUAGGAUUUAUCAGGUGCUUCCACAACGUAUUCAAGAAUGGUCCCUUUCAACCUGCGUCGCCGAGCAGAAGAACCGCAAGGCGUUAGAAGUAGUUCGAGGGGGCAUUGCGCGUGCGCAGGCUGCCUUACGAGCGUUGGACACGCAACACUCAGACCUCGAUGCGAUCGUGGCCCGAGCGAAGAAUGCUACCAUUGUUCAUACUGAUGAUAAGGAUGCAGACGACGAAACAUCAAUGUACUGCAUAACGUGCGGUCACGAGAUCCACUCUCGGACUGCGGUAAAACAUAUGGAGAAAUGCUUCGUUAAGUACGAGGCCCAAGCCUCGUUUGGCAGCAGACAUCGCACGCGUAUCGACGGCCAGAGCAUGUUCUGUGAUUACUACAACCCUAUUAACGCUACUUACUGUAAGAGGUUGAGGGUAAUGUGUCCAGAACACUUCAAAGAUCCAAAAGUCGGUGAUCACGACGUUUGCGGCUGUCCUUUGGUCCGCAAUGUGUUUAAGCCGACGGGAGAGUUCUGCCGAGCCCCUAAGAAGUCAUGCUUGAAACACUACCAGUGGGAGAAAUUGCGGCGCGCUGAGAUUGAUAUGGAGAGGGUACGGCAGUGGCUCAAGUUGGAUGAGCUGGUGGAACAGGAGAGGAGUAUCAGGCUGGCCAUGGCUUCUAGAGCCGGAGUCCUUGGUUUAAUGCUACAUUCAACAUACAACCACGAGGUUAUGGAACGCAUCACGACCAAAGCGACGGAGAAUGGAAAAGUGAAGGAAACCUCGUGACGAUCGAAUGACGCGGGGUCCGAGCUGCCGCGCGACUCACGCCCUUAGAUAAUCAUAGAAAACUGUA